AUGACUGCAGUUGAUCUAAUCAACCUUUCUCCUUCAGCUCUUUUGAAUGGUGAUGUCCCAAAUAAGUUCUGGUCAGAAAAAAACGUUUCCUACAAUCAUCUAAAAGUGUUUGGUUGUAAAGCUUUUGUUCAUGUUCCUAAAGACAUGAGAUCUAAGCUAGAAGCAAAGUCGAAAGAAUGUAUCUUUGUUAGAUAUGGGAAUGAAGAAUUCGGUUACAGGUUAUGGGAUCCUGUGGCUAGAAAGAUUAUUAGAAGUAGAGAUGUUGUCUUAUUUGAAGAUCAAAACAUUGAAGACAUUCGAAGAUGUGGUAAACCUAAUAAUCCUAGAGAAUAUCCAGCUAACUUGGAUCCAAUUCCUCCUCCAUUGGAGCACAAUGACGGGCAAGAUAAAUCCAAUGAUACUGAUGAUCUUAUUAUUAAUGAACCAAUUGAUGAUGACGUGAGUGAUGGUCAUACAACUAAUGGUAUAGUAGAUAAUGUAGCUUAUGAGGGGCAAGAAGCACAAGCCCAUUAA